AUGGCUAGUUCUAACAAGAAACUUGAAGUGAGUUUUGAUGAUCAAAUUCCAAAUAAAUGGUGUGUUUCAUUAGGAGAAGAAACUUUCAAAAGAUUCUUUAGUAGCUUGAGUAGUAAUCAAAUAGUUUACAAGGUUUUUGGUGAUGGAUCACUUUUUAGUCCAAUGUUGUUUGGAAAAUUCUUUGAUCCCUGUGAUGCAUUUCCUCUAUGGGAGUUUGAAUCAGAUGUUUUGUUGUCUCAUCUAAGAAGCUUCAAUCAAACCACUGUUGAUUGGCAUCAUGCAGAUGAAGGUUAUCUAUUAAAAGCUGAAAUACCAGGAACUGGAAAAAACAACAUUCAAGUCCAUGUUGAUAAAGGAAAGGUGGUGGAAAUCAGUGGACAAUGGAAGCAGCAAAGAGAGUCAAAGACAAACGAUUGGAAGAGUGACCAUUGGUGGGAAAAUGGAUAUGUGAGAAGGCUUGAAAUCCCAGAAGAUGCAGAUUGGAAGAACGUAGCAGCAUUCAUUUAUAAUGACAUAUUUUUAGAAAUUCAAAUACCAAAAAUCCAAAAGGGCUAUGACACUCAUGGAAAAGAUUUGGCUUGA